GUCAAAUCUAGUGCAAAAUAUUGUAAAACUAAAUAUUUAUAUAUAAUCUAUUAUUUAACUUUUAAUAAAUUAUUUUAGCCAGCUAAUUAUUAUAAUAUCAGGACAUUGCAUUUUGAUAUAGAAAUAGAAGUGGUUGUAACUCUCAAGCACAUUUCAAAACCGUAUUAUAAGAUUAGUUCACUUCGAAUAAAACAAACGCAAGACAACUAAUAUGAGCUACAAUUAUUCUGCAUUUCAAAUGAACAAAAAACUAUUAUACGAACAUUAUAUCUCAUGUCCAACAAACAAAAGUCACGAAACAUUUAAUAAAGUAUAACAAUUUAUUAAAAUUGCUAACAUAUUUAAUACCACAAACACCUAUUGUUAAACGGCUAACAAUUUUGUUUUCUCUCGAUUCAGUAUCACUUGGUCCGCCAAAAAGAUAUCCAAGAAAAAUCCUUUUCCGGGGACAGCAAGAAGUUUAGUAGAUGGCUUCUUCUGUUCUAAUCAUCAUCCAAUCAACCAACACAAUCAACCAACAACAACAACACACAAUUAUUUAUGUUUCAUAAGGUUUGAAGCUUUUGUCUUUUGCUAGAACCAGUAGGUCGUCCUCUCAUCUUCUUAACAGUAGGCAAGGUUCCCCUCCGCCGGAGCCACGAUUGUCUCUACUAGAUUGACUAACAGUGAAAAAAGGAGGUUCAGGAACAAAACACAGUGAUGUCGUUCUUGUUCAUCGUUCUUCUCCCACUUACCACGAUACAGCCAGACUAUUCAAAGACAAAAACAAAAACACAAAGGCACCACAAUUUGGUCGGGAUUCUGUAAAAAAAAAAAAGAAACAGAGGAGGAAGAUAAAGAAGAAGAUAAGGACCAUGAGAGAGAAAAAUGAAAUUUUUGUUUAAUCGUAAUCUUACCAAAAUUUUAUAAUAUUUUUAAACUUACGGGGCACCUAAUGUGACUUACAAACUCAAUAUAUCAAAGGGCUCUAAAUGUAAUUUUACAUACACUUUAUCUACAGUAACUGCCAUACUUUUACUGUAUUAGGUAUAUUCCUAAUUUCCCACUUCUUUAUGGGUUUUGAGCUAAUUGACUCAAAAUAAUAUGAUAUAUCAUUUUUAUUUCCUAUUUUGUUGUUUUUAAAAAAAUCCUAUUUUGUUUGAUUUAUUAAAUUUCACGUACAUGUUAUAGCUUUUAGUGUAACCGAGUAUAUACGGAUAUGCGCAUUUUUAUAAGCAUAUGUACAGGUGCAGGUCUAAUAUAAAUUCACAUAGAACAGUAUGAAAAUUUAUCAAUUCAUAUAAUAAAAACUAUCUCAUUUUAGUUCUAGAAAACAAUGCGCCACCUUUUAGCUUCAUCCAUUCGUUAGCCCAAACGUAACAAAAGCUGGUCAAAGGGGCGCCGACGGUUUAGAAACAACGAUUGCUCAAAGAAACUGUUACGUUGUUAAAUCUUUUUUCAUUUUUUGUUAAUUUAACAUUUGACCAAUUUUUUUUUGUUGAGAAGAAACAAAAAACAGAUAGAGAAAACCAAAUCUUCAGCGAAACAAAUAAAAGCAAAGUUGAUAUGAAAAGUUUUGAGAACAGAUCAUUCCCUUUCAUAACUUAUACUUAUCAUCAUCCUCAUGAACGAAUCUCUAGCACUAACUCCUGCGCCUUGGCCAGCGCUUAGCAACGUCGAAGUUUGUAACCGAGCUUUCUUCAACAUCUCUUCUUACGGAAUCUUGGAAAACUAUGAAGCUCCGAGUGUCAUCUUCGGAUACGCAUUGCCUCUUCUUGAGUUGCAGAUCCUUAUCAUCUUCGUUUUAAUCGUGUUAUCUCAUAUGUUCCUUAGAUUUAUUGGCGUACCACAGUUCGUUUCUUACAUGUUUACGGGGUUGCUUCUGGGACGUCACCUAUUUGAUCUUCAGGACUUUUCUUCCCACCGUUUAUCGUUAGACGUGGCGUUAGAUGGUAACAUAGCGUUAGAAGGUGUGGCCAACUUGGGUUUAAUAAUGUUCACGUUCUUGAUGGGCGUGAAGACCAAUAAAAGAGCCAUGUUUCAUAUCGGUAAAGGCACGGUUGCGAUCGCGGUUUUGUCCUUUGUGGUGACUAUGACCGCCGGAUUAGCCUUUAGAAACUUUCAGCUAGACAAGGCCGACCCUCUCUAUAUGCCUCUGAAACUGGCUCCAACAGAACGCACCGUGAUUGUAUCAGUUCAAGCGUUAACGCUGUUACCCGUAAUAACGCACCUGGUAUAUGAGCUUAAGAUUCCAAACUCGGAGCUCGGCCGCCUCGCCAUAUCUAUUGCAACGAUUAAUGAUCUCCUAGGAUUUAUCACUCUGCAAUGCGUUUCAUAUGUAGCAUCAUACAGGUAUGUAUCGCCUAGAAUAGCCAACCGCGAUGCAUUGGCAAUGACCAUCUUAAUCCUUGUGAUCCUAUUCAUCAUCAAGCCUACGGCUCAAUGGAUAGUCGACACAAGUCCAGAAGGCAAACCCGUACGGGAACUCUAUGUAUACGGAACAAUUAUGAGCGCAAUCGCUGCGAGUAUUUGCACAACUUAUUUCCACCAAGUCCACGUUUUAGGAGCUAUAUUGGUCGGGAUGGCCAUCCCAGACGGUCCACCUCUUGGGUCUGCGUUAGAAGCCAAGUUUGAGGGAUUGGUUACAAACAUAUUUUUACCGAUUUCAAUAGUGGUAAUGACCAUGAAAGCUGACAUUUCAAAGGUAUUGUACGCGUUCGAUGACAUAGCCAUUAACAUAUUUUUGGUGGGUUUCACAUUGGUCGUCAAAUGGACUGCUACUUUUGGGUCUUGCUUGAUCUUCAAGUUACCUACUAACGAAUCUAUUAUCCUCGCCAUUAUGAUGAACUAUAAGGGUUUUGUCGACUUAUGCUUCUUUGAAGGAGCCGCGAAUCAUCGGAAUCUAUCGCAAGCCACUCACACGUUCAUGAUAAUAUACGUUCUUUUGAUCGCGGGAGUUUUACCUACUACUGUGAAAGCACUGUACGAUCCAAAGAGGAAGUAUAUAGGAUACGUCAAGAGAGACAUCAUGCAUCUGAAACCAAACUCAGAUCUCAAGAUCCUAACAUGUUUGCAUAAACCGGACAACAUCUCUGGCGUGCUCUCGCUGCUACAACUGCUCUCUUUCACUCCUGACGGCGAGAGUAAUAAAGACAGAGGAGUCAUCGCUGUCACAGCAUUACACCUCGUGAAACUCGCUGGAAGUUCGUUUCCAAUCUUGAUACCACACGACAAGCGGACAAAACCACAGUUGCAUCAAAACUCUUACAUUCAAACAAUGAUGCUCGUGUUCUCCGAGUUCCAACAAGAGAAUUGGGCAUCUACGGCUGUUAGCUUCUUCACAGCUUACUCUCAAGAGGAUCUAAUGGAUCAUGACAUUUGCAAUCUUGCUCUAGACCACCACACAUCGAUGAUCAUCGUCCCUUCUGGACGAAAAUGGUCACCUGAUGGAUUAUAUGAAUCGGAUGAUAAUGUGAUCAGAAGUGUGAACGCUUCUCUCCUCGACCGCGCUCCCUGUUCUGUAGGUGUACUCAAUGACCGAAGCUACCGUACCAAGAAAAAGAGUAACGGUACCGUUAACAUCGGUGUGAUCUUCAUUGGAGGUAAAGAUGAUCGCGAGGCCAUCUCGCUUGCGAAAUGGAUGAGACAGAAUCCGAGAGUGAGUCUCACAGUGAUUCGGUUUUUAUCUGGUCAAGAACCAGACAAGAAUAAGAAUUGGGAUUACCUUGUUGAUAAUGGGGUCUUAAACGAUUUGAAAGAAACAUAUGCAUCCUCUGGGAAUUUCGUUUAUGCGGAGAAGAUAGUCAACGGUGGUCCCGCGAUGGCCACCGCCGUAAGAUUGGCGGCGGAAGAUUAUGACUUGAUGAUUGUAGGGAGAGGUCGCGACGAUGAUUUGCUGGAUGUCUCGGGUUUGGCGGAAUGGAUGGAGCUUCCGGAGUUAGGAGUCAUAGGAGAUUUGCUUGCAUGUAAAGAUCUAAAAACUAGGGUUUCUGUUUUAGUAGUUCAACAACAGCAGCAACAUGAGUGAGUGUAGUUGUGUAACCUGUCAAUGAUAUGCUUGGAUGUAAAGAUCUAAAUUACAUGAACAAAUUCAUUUCUUCUCAUCUUGUUUUGAAUUAGAAGUCCAUGAUUCCUAACUAAAAGUUAUAGUAUACGUACUAAUAACAACAAAACUGUAAUUUUCACCAUAAUAAUUUGCGCAAAUGAUUUCUCCCACUCCGAUAAAGACUUAGUGACCACUGCGAAUAAUUUUUACCUGUCACUG